AUGGCAAAUGUUUGGUAGGUAAACGAGCGUCGGAUAUAUUCAAGCCAUGCGUUUCUUGGGCUUCGCAAAAGUUAAAUCAGUAUCACUACUACGUCUUAUGCGUAUAGUGUAACACAAACGAUGUUCCAUCUGAAACGAAAAAUGUUACUGUACGUGCUUUAUUUAGUUUUUCUUGACACUGUUUCGACAUCAAGAAACACUCGAAGAUUGGAUAGACUUGAAGACGAUGUACUCAAGAUUCGGAACGAUAUCAUUGGAGACUUAAAAAACGAACUGAGUGAUUUACGUAAGGAUCUGAAAGAAGAAACAGAUUUAAUAAGAGGGGACAUUUCUACGCUUUUUAAAAUGUUAUCGGAAUCAUCAGGGCAGGUUGAUAGACACAAAAUUGAAGAAGUGUCUCAAGCGCCGCAAGGUUCAUGUAAUUGUGGAGCUAUUUUUAGUCUAUAUGACAAUAUAUUGAAUGCCUUUAAACGAGAAAAAUCCGAGAACGUUAUGGUUCGAAAAGCAUUUAACGAAAUGAGAAAACAACAUGAAGACUUUGAUUCCAGAUUAAAGGGUGCUGAAAUGAAAUUACGAUCGGACAUACACAAAAACAAAAAUGAGACUAACGCGGACAUUACUGCGACACAGAAACUUCUUCACACUAUCCAGAGUGACACGCGUGCAUACUGCGACGACCGGUUAAUGCAUUUAAAUGAGUCAUUGACGAAUCGCUCUUUGAAUACUUUACAGGAAAUAUCUCGGAUAACAUCAGAUAUUGCAAAUCUUAAAACGUCAAAUGAAAUUUUGAAGAACGUAAGUGGUGAACUGAUAUGGCGUUGUGACGGUGUGGCAUUGAGUGGUGAAUAUAUAAUAAAUCCAUAUGGUAUGAAGGUUUAUUGUGAUGUGGACUCGGAAAACAAGGGAUGGAUAGUUAUUCAGAGGAGAAUGGACGGAUCGGUUGAUUUCAAUCGCAGUUGGGCCGAUUACAAAGCUGGCUUCGGCAACUUGAAAGGCGAAUUCUGGUUGGGAAACGAAAUUAUCUACAAGCUGACUAAGGACAAACCUAAAGAGCUGAGAAUUGAUAUGGAGAUGUUCAAUGGAAAGAAGCGAUAUGCGCUGUAUUCUAAGUUCAAUGUUUCAUCUGAAUCUGAGAAAUAUCAGCUCUAUGCGGAAGGAUACACUGGUGACGCAGGAGAUGGUAUAAUAUCAGGUGAUCACGUCGGUCAGUCGUUUUCAACUUUCGAUGCCGAUAAUGACCCGCUUGAAGUUUGUUGUGCAUGCCGUUACGGAGGUUGGUGGUAUCAUUACGCGUGUUUCGUCGUAAAUCUAAACGGAAAAUACAUUAAAGAAAAUGAGACAGUUCCAAUUCAUUAUGGAAUUCAUUGGCACCCGAUCACUUGGUAUAUUUACUCUUUGAAAUUUGUGCAAAUAAAAAUACACUAAAAUGCACUUUUGUACAUAGCCUGAUACAAAGGUCAAUAAGUAAACAGUACACUUGUCAUUCGUGUUUUGCCUACGCAAAUGAUGGUACUUAACAUUUACAAUUAAACGUAUUUACACAAUUUAAAUUAUGUGUGCUGUUUAAAAAUAAACAUUAAUUCAUGUUAACUGUAUAAACAUGUACAGAACAUAAGCUCGACAUUUUACCUAUGGUGAAACAAAUCGUGUAAAAUAGUUAAUAAAAACUCAAUUAUAACUAUAUUGUGCUGCAUCACUUAUUAUUGUCAGUAAAUCUGACUUAUCACGCGAUCAUUUUUUAAUUACGCACAGCCACCGUCUCUUUUUAUCAAACACUGAAAGUGGACAAAAUUAACAACUCCGCCAAAACAUUAGAUUUAUCAGAUAGUGUCAGACCACUCAGUUGUUGCAAACUGUGAAUUAUUUUAAUGAUGUAUUUAUGUGUUGAUUUAUUAUCUUGUAAUAAAACAUAAACAACUAUUCGAUGUAACAGUAACGAAUCGUUCGCAUAAUGCACGUUUUAUAAAUCCUGAGCAUGUGAUAUACAUGCCGACAAAAGAUAUAUGAUAACAGUUUUUAAAACACAAUUAUAACUUUAUUAUGCUGCAUCACUUAUUGUGGUCAGUAAAUCUGGCUUAUCACGCGAUCAAUUUUUAAUUACGCACAGCCACCGUCCCCUUUGAUCAAACACAGAAAGGGGACAAAACACAAAACUGCGCCAACACUUAGAUUUAUCAGAAAUUGUCAGACCACUCAGUUGUUGCAAACUGUGAAUUCGUUUAAUGAUGUAUGUAUGUAUGUGUUUAUUUCUUGUCUUAUAAUCAAACAUAAGAAACGUAUCCGAUGUAACAGUAACGAAUCGUUCGCAUAAUGCACGUUUUAUCAAUCCUGAGCAUGUGAUAUACAUGCCGACACAAUAAUAUAUAUGAUAACAGUUUUUAAAACAUGCGUGUUUAAUGUUUGUGUUGAAAGAAGUAUAAUGUAUAGCACUGUGACAACAUAUGAUCAGAAUGACAGGUCUGAAUUAAAUAUAACGGUAAUAAUUUACUUGCUACGUAGAUACCUCAAAACGUGUUUAUACAACGGAAAUAUUGAAUGAAUGCCCUUACGUUAAUGAAAACCUCUGCCAACAUUACAACAUUAGACAGUGUGUCUAUACCUUAGUGUAGCAUUGAUGCAAUGAAUUUGUUAUAUGCUUAAAAAUACUAUCUGUAGACCAUCCUUUCCGUGUAAUAACAAAUGAUAUCGCUUGCAAUUAUUACAGCCAAGACAUUCCCAUCUGUUGUAAAAAACAUUUAAAAAUAUAAAAUCAGUUACAGUCGAUGUAUCUGUCACGAAUCCUAACCAGGAUAUGACCACUUACCAGCUAAUUGGAUACGUGCUGUUAACUCGCCACUUCCUCAAUCUAGAAAAUAAACCCACCUGUCUCUCUAUGUGAAUGCAUUAAUGUUGAACUGAACAUUGUUAAAGGUCUGGACUACUUUAUCACUUGCCCAGUGUGCAUGGGUUGUUGUCUCAUAAAAGUGCAUGUAUAUUUGUAACAAAAGCCUUAUUGGUAAAUCGUAUGUUUUCUGUUAUUUUUCGUUUAGUGUCAAUAUUGCUUUGUAUGUAAUACAACUGGUUUCCUUAGUAUUAUAAAAUGAUCUUUUUGUAUUGAGUAAAUGUAAUUUUCUUCACGAAUGAUUUGUUUAAAAUGCGUGUUAUAAUAUAUGUAUAUGUAGACAAUAAAAUAUUUGCGCAAAAUC